AUGAACAACUUCACUGCCAUCGCUGAGUGCGAAGGUUCUUUCGGUCCAGUUGCAAUCGGCUGCAACGAUCGAUUUGACUUCACGCUUCUCUUCGAGCAAUCUCUGCUAAACAUCGGGCCAUCCGCAAUUUUACUCCUGGUGCUUCCGCUCCGACUUCGACAGCUCUUUGGUCAACGCCGGAAAGUCUUGCAACAUCCCCUGAAUACCGCCAAGAUCGCAGCAUGCAUCGUCUUUGGCGGACUCCAGAUUGCGCUUCUGAUACUAUGGGCAGAGGCAUCACUUUCCACCCACGUCUCAAUCGUCGCCUCGGUACUGGGUGUCAUAGAUGCUUUUGCUUUGGGCAUACUCAGCCAUACAGAACACACCCGAUCCAUUCAACCUUCCAGCGUCAUCUGUCUCUACCUUAUAUUCUCUCUGCUAUUCGACGCAGUGCAAUGCCGUACACUGUGGCUUCUCCCAGACCUGCACAGCCUUGCGGCCGUCUUCACAACAAUGCUGUCGGCGAAGUUGACCAUGUUUCUUCUCGAGAUCCAGGGAAAGCGCAGAUUUCUUUUUGCCACCCUCCGUAAUCUGAGCCCAGAAGCUACUAGUGGGAUUGUUUCUCGAGGAUUCUUUUGGUGGCUCAAUGGCCUGUUGAUACAGGGCUUCAAGGCUACCCUGUCCCCGUCAAUCCUCUACGCCGUUGACGAUGAGCUGCGAUCUGGCAAGCUUCUGCAGAAAAUGAAUAGGUAUUGGGGUCAAAGAAAAGGGAAAGAAGAGCAUGCACUCUUGCGCGCGGUCUGCAACACGACGAAACUGGCAUUCGUGCUGACGGCUAUACCCCGAUUUGUUCUGAUAGGCUUCAAAUUCUCUCAACCCUUCCUGAUCAGCAGAAUAAUCAAUUACGUUGACGGCGACAGAGGAUCUUACCCCAAGCCAAUUGGAUACGGUCUAAUAGGUGCGACUGGUCUAGUGUACAUAGGUAAUGCUAGGGCUGCGCAGUGUGCUGAUGACUGCAUUGCAUACCAGUUGUCGAUGGGCUUUUACCAGCAUAGGCUCUUCCGUUUCAUCACGAUGAUCCGUGGAUCCUUAGUUUCUCUGAUCAUGUCAAAGAACCUAGACAUCGACGCAAGUUCGGCCGUUGAUUCCUCGGCACCCCUGACGUUGGUUAGCACCGAUGUGAGAACGAUCUGCAAAUCGUUUGAAGCCAUCCAUGAGGUCUGGGCGAAUCCGAUCGAAAUUGGAAUUGCCGUCUGGCUACUUCAGAAACAGCUUGGCCUCGGAAGUAUAGGCCCAGCUGUGACGAUUAUUGGUACACACACUAGCCGCAUAUAA